CUUUCCGUUACUGUUAGCUGCGAAGACCGUUGCAGAUUGUCAGUAGAACUGUAGUAGUGCUUCUUGGGACAGUAGAUGCGAGGGCUGGCAAGCGGUGACAGCUGCUCAUCUCAAACAGACAGAGCACAGUGCAUGCUGUACAAUGUCGAGUUCACCGACAGUAAAGUCCACGACACCCAGUCCUUCUGACUGGGUGCCUUGAAUUGAUAGGAAAUGUGCCACUGCAGGAGAUGGUGACCUUUGAGGACGUGGCCGUGAGCUUCACCUGGGAGGAGUGGCAGUUCCUGGACGACGCUCAGAGGACCCUCUACCGGGACGUGAUGCUGGAGACCUACGGGAGCCUGGCGUCACUGGGGCAUUGUGUUGCUAAACCUGAGGUGAUCGUCAGGUUGGAGGCAGGAGCGGAGCCAUGGACUGUGGGAGCACCCCCAAACCAGAGCCUUUCAGGUGCCUGUGGGACUAGAGGGUGCAUCACCACGGAAGGGCCCAGCGAGGGACUCCCUCACUCUGAUGGGAAGCAGUAG